UCCCUGGGAAAGUGCGGACCUACUACCCGCUUCGGGCAGCAGCCAAUUCUGUGAUACACAUCGACGAAGCCAUCCUCAAGUCUGUGAACGUCGUACGAGUCGACGUGCAGCUCAAAAGCUACUCCGUGGUCCAUCAUGUCGUCAAAACUCCCUUCCGUCCUCAGUGCGACUGAGGAAGACAUUCAGAUGCUUAUCGCGGCUCAUUGCCACAUUGGUACCAAGAACUGCGAGAAGCAGAUGGAGGGCUACGUCUGGAAGCGGAGGCCUGAUGGUAUCCACGUCCUCAACAUUGGCAAGACCUGGGAAAAGAUUGUCUUUGCUGCCCGUAUUAUCGCUGCUGUUGAGAACCCCAAUGACAUUGUCGCCAUCUCCGCCCGUCCCUACGGUCACCGUGCCGUCCUGAAGUUCGCCGCUAACACUGGUGCUCAGGCAAUCGCUGGCCGCUUUACUCCUGGUUCUUUCACCAACUACAUCACCCGCUCAUUCAAGGAGCCCCGUCUCAUCAUCGUGACCGACCCCCGUGUUGACCACCAGGCUAUCCGGGAAGCCUCAUACGUCAACAUCCCUGUCAUUGCUUUCUGCGACACGGAUGCCCCCUUGAAGUUCGUCGAUGUUGCUAUCCCCACGAACAACAAGGCUCGCCAUUCGAUUGGUUUGGUCUGGUGGCUGCUCGCCCGUGAGGUCCUCCGUCUCAGGGGCACGAUUCCCCGCACUGCUGACGGCUGGAACGUCAUGGUCGACAUGUUCUUCUACCGUGACCCUGAGGAAGUUGAGAAGCAGCAGCAAGAGGAGGCCCAGAAAGCCCUCGCUGCGGCAGAGCCCGAGGCUGCUCCCGGUCUUUCCGAGUGGGAUGUCACCUCUGCUCCUGCAGCGGGUGGUAUCAACCCGGCUCUUGCCACGGAAGGUGCUUUGGACUGGGCUGCCGAUACCGCGCCUGGUGCAUCCGACUGGGCUGCUGAGCCCACAACAGGUGGUGGAGGAUGGGGUGCUGACGCACAGCAGUCGACGGGCUGGGACUAAGAACAUGUUGCCAUCAUAUUGUUUUCUGUGGUAUGACUUAUAUGAGUAUGCUAGGCUGUCUGCAUUUACAUGCUAUGGGCCACAUUGCCGUACAAUACAUUCAGGGUGUGCGUGCAAUCGCAGACUGACAUCUGGGAAGAGAAUCCAAGUGAACCAGU